AUGUGGAAGGCGGCGGGAGGAGCGCCACGUUCCCAACGUGGGGGGAAUUCCCCGCCCGCUGCCCUGCGCCAGGGUCCGGGGAGCGCGGAAGCCGAUGGCGCUUUAGCCACGGAUGGCGGGGAGGCUCCGCGACUUGGCCAGGCGGAACCCGGCGGAGAGCAGGAGGCUCGCGGCGGGGCUUAUGGCGCUCCGAAUGGCGGAAGAAUGUACGGCGGCGAGGGUUACGGCGCAACUGGCGGAGAGGGGUAUGGCGGAGGCGGCGGGUGUCCGCCUGAGGAGAUUUACGGACGGGCAUACGGGGGACGGGGAGCUGGGAGGUACGGGGGCGGGGAAGAUGGCUGGGGGUACGGCGGAGGGUAUGGGGGAAGCUACGGGGGUGGAUACGGGGGAAGCAUGGAGGCAGGGGACGGGCAUAGAGGAGCAAUGGGAGCGGAAUGGGGAUAUGCAGAAGGAAGUGGAUGGGAGGGGAGGAGGGAAGGGGGAGCUCUUGGGGGCAUCGCGGAGCACGGUGGGGAAGGCAUGGGGGACCCUCUGCGCCGUCGGGGGAAUGGGGAGAUGGGGCAGGCCGAAGGGGAAGGCGGGGAGGCGGAGGAGAAGGGGAAGAAGGGCGGAGGCUGGUGGCGGUUGUUUGGGGGAAGAAAGGGCGGAACGGGGGAGAAAGGCGAGGAUGUGGGGCGAGGCGAGCAAGAAAGGUGGGAGGAAGGUGCGGGGGAGGGGGGGGAAGCGCGGCAGCAAUGGGGCGUGGGGGGGUAUGGGGGCUACCCAUCGGGCAUGAGAAGGGGGGAGGGGGAGUGGGGGUAUGGCAUGUAUACGGGGGGAGGAUACGGCACACAUGGGGGAGGAGGUGGUGAGAUGUACGGGGCAGGGGGGUAUGGGGCAGGGGCGUAUGGGGAAGGAGGAUAUGGGGCAGAGGGGUAUGGGGAGGGAGGAAAUGGGGCAUGGGGAUAUGGGGAAGGUACAUAUGGGGAAGGUACAUAUGGGGAAGGUACAUAUGGGGAAGGUACAUAUGGGGAAGGUACAUAUGGGGAAGGUACAUAUGGGGAAGGUACAUAUGGGGAAGGUACAUAUGGGGAAGGUACAUAUGGGGAAGGUACAUAUGGGGAAGGUACAUAUGGGGAAGGUACAUAUGGGGAAGGUACAUAUGGGGAAGGUACAUAUGGGGAAGAUACAUAUGGGGAAGGUACAUAUGGGGAAGGUACAUAUGGGGAAGGGGAAUGGGCAGGGGCGCAUGAGGCAGGGCAUUACAGCGGCGUUGUGAGGGGAGAGGGCGAAGUGGGAUCUAACGGGGUGGCGGAGCUGGGUGCUUCUCACGGCCCUGCUGCUGCUGGUGCUUCCGGUUCUACUGCUGGGGCUUCUGCUGCUGGUACUGGUGGAGGGGCGGAGCAGCCAAGGGGGUCAAGCGUGGGGGAUGCAGGAGAGGGAAAUGGGGGCGCAGCAGUGGGCGGGCAGGAGAGGGAGGGCAGUGCGGGCAGCGGAGCGGCGCUGGCAGGGCCGGAGAGAGCAGGGGCGGAGGCACAGGCGGCGAGGGCGGCAGGGGUGGCAGGGGCAGGCGUGGCAGUGGAGGGCGUGAUGACGACGGGGCUGACGACAGCCGGGUUCAAGGUGCGGCGGCGGGGGCGGCCCGUGGUGCAUGGCAGGGCGUCGGGGUAUGAUGAGGACGAGGCUUGGAGCCCUGGGGGCGACCGCAGUGGCGCGGCAGGGUGGGGUGUUGAGGAGAGAGCGAGUGUUAAGGGGGGGGACGGGAGUGUGGAGGCGGGGGGAGCAGGGAGUGAGGAAGGGGACGGCGGGGAUGGAGAAAGUGGGGAAUCGGGAGAAGAGAGGAGUGUGGGUUCAGGAGAUGGGGAGGAUGAGGAGGGCAGCAAAGGGGAGGGGAGCAGAGAGGGCAGCGAUGGUGCAUCAGAGGGGGAGGCGAGGGAGGGCGAAAGGGCAGGGGAGUCACGGCAGGAGUGGGAAUCUGAAGCCUCGCCAGGAGCGUGGGGGCAGUACCCCUCUCCCGCACCUCACCACUACGCACGGCCCCAUCCAGCCUUCCAGCACCCCUGGGAGCACCAACGCCCCAACGAUCCCUGGCAGACACAUGGCAGGCAGGCACAGGGGGGACACCCCUCACCUGCAGCGCACGGCUCGCACCCACAUGACCCCUGGCAGCAGCACGGCGCACACUCACAUGCCGCCCAGGGGGCUUACCCUGCCGCACACCACCCCCUCCCUGCCGCUGCUGCUGCUGCUGCCACCGCUGUUGCCCCUGCCUCUGGGUCGCACACCCCCCUAACAGGCAGCCCUGGUCCGCCCCCACACGCGAUUCAGCCCCCUCAAGGCACCGCUGCAGGGGCAUGGGGAGGGGCAGGGGUUGGGCCAUGGGGAGGGGGAUGGGGAGGAGCGGCGGGGUGGGGAUGGGGAGGGGCAGGAGGGGAGGGAGGCGUGCAUGCGUUGAGAGGAGGGCCGGGGGGAGGCAGGGGAGGGGCACCUGGCAGUAGAGGGUUGCGGCGGGGGAGACAGGCCGGAGGGGGGAACGAGAAGGAUUCAGGCAGCGACCGGGGCGAGGGAGAGGGGAGAGGCGGAGCAGGGGAGCGGAAGGGCAGGGCGUGCUCUCCGGAGGGCGGCCUGGCAGCCGUGGCGCUGCUGCUGCUCGCUGCCACUCUCGCCUCCCUCACUGCCUUGUGGGCGUGGGGAGGGGAAGAUGGGGGAGCGGGAGUGAGUGCGGCGGGGCGGCGAGGCACGGACGUGUAUGAGGCGAGCAGUGCGGGCGAGCGGAUGGGCGAGUGGGACGAGCAGGCGGGGCUGGAGGUGCAUGUGGGCACGGCGGCCCCGCUCCUGCACGGGGAUAGCCUCAAGGGGGGGGGGGAGGUGAGUGGGAAGGGCGGGGCAACAGCACAGGGGCCAUCAGGAGCGGGGCGGCAGUGGUACGUGGCGGUGCACGUCGCCCACGCCAUGCAGACGUGGCCUCGCCUCGACUUCUCCCUCUCCGACGCCUUCCAGUGGUUGGAGUUCGCGCGCUACAGCGGCGUGGCGCACGUGUUUUGGUACGACAUGGCGGACGACCCGCGGGACCGCAUGGAGGCGGCGUUGGAGCGGUACGAGGGGGAGGGCUUCAUCACGUACCACCACUUCCCCUCUCUCGCUCCUUCCCUGCCCGCCCACCGCCAGGCCAGCCCCCGCGACCAGGCGCUGCACCACUGCCUCACGCACCACGGCAGCGCCACAGUCUGGCUGCUGCCGCUCACCCUGGUGGACUACCUCUCUGUGCCGCCCGACAUCAAGCCGGGCUUCGCCGACCGCUUCCUGCGUGCCUACGAGGCCCACCGCCCAUCUGCAUCCCAGCUGCUGCUGCAAACCUUCCUCUUCCUCGGCAACCCCCCCCAGAACGCCUCCGCUCUCCUCAUCCAGCGCUACCAGCGCCGCACCAACCACUCCGACGGCGUGUUCCUCAGUCCUCAGGCUCGGGUCGUGCCUGUGGUUCGGCCGAACCUGGUGGCUCGGGUGCUGUGGCACAACCCGAGCCACCUGCUCAUGACAGGUGGCAGCACGAUGGCGCUGCCAGCUGGCGCCAUGCGGGUGAACCGAUUCGCGAGUGCGCUGCAGCAGAUGCCAGGCACAGGUUAUAGUUGA